AUGAAUGAUGACAAUGACCUUAUAACCUUUUGGAUGAAUCAAUUCUUGAUAAAAUCCAUGCCAGUUAAAAUUUCUGCUCAUGCUUUGAAUUCAGCACUUGAAACAAAAUAUGGCAAUGUUAUUUUAUUAUAUGAUGGUCCAACGUUAAGACAAGGAGGUCAAGCACCAAAUACUUUAUCAAACGCAAAUAUGCGGAUUUGA